AAAGCUAAUCAACCAAAUUUUACUAAACGUUUGCUACAAUUUUACUUAACAUGCCAACUUUUUUAUCACUACACUUACAUUCACUUAGCAGACGCCUUUGCCCAAACUAAGCGACAUACAAAGGAGGUAAAAUCUGAGCUACAGUAGAUCAAGAAACUGACACAAAUGCCACAAGAUUGGAGGUGAAUGACAUAAGACAGAAUACUAAAGAGAUAGACUGAGAAGGAGGGAGAGACAGUGAGAGAAAGGGCAUAUUAGCUAGAUGUGGCUGAUGCUGUCCUUGACCUACUUUGAAAGUUACUACCAUAAUGAUUCCCACAGAACAGAGCAGAGACUUCAGGAAGGAACCUUCGUCUUUGACCCACCACAUCACUUCAGGUCUGGAGAGACAAGUGGAGCAGGGCAGAUGCUUGAAAAACAAUCCGCCCUUCCUCCCCUGCCAAUCUUGUUCUUCAGCUUUUCCUCUUAAAAAAAAAGGGGAGUGGAGAAUUUAAAAAAAAAAAAUUAAAUAUACUAACAAUGAAAUCCCAGCAUCAGCUAAAUAUCAAACCCGGCUCUGGAAGCGCUGCAGAGGAGCUGGGCUGUGCAGGAUGUUCCAUUCAGAGGUUGUGGUUGUGGCUGUGGGAGAUGUUGGAUGGAGCCAACAGCACAUCAGAUUGACAGGGUUGGGCCAAACAGCAGGUGGUGCAGAAGAGAAGCCCGGACAUGGGAUGUACAAAUCUCUGGCUCUCUGACUUCUGCACAGGACAAGCAUGGAGAAGCAACAAAUCCCAAAUUUUAAAAACUCGGGUGUCACAGCAAUAGCGUCUCUGGCCUGGGCUCGCUGAAUAAAGAUGCACAUGGACUCGGAGAGACAAAGCAGCACUCAAAUCAGAUGACUCAAAAGAGGAGAAAGGAAAGCCACCCUCUAAUCUCAGGUCCGCAGUUUGAAGAAUCUGGACGAUGUGAGUCAUCAGAUUACAAAGGCCAAAGGCAAUUUUAAGACAUGGAGGUGCUUCUGUUUUAUGUCUGGAAUCUAUUGGUAGAUGAACUUUGAUGUCAACAUGGGGUCAAAACUACCAUAAACAUUUUGAUCCACUCACCUGACCUCUGUCAGCAUGCCAACACAGUAUAGAUGAUUCCCCCUUUAGAGAGACAUAAAUGGGAACUAACACGGUUUAAUGAUGUAGCAGCUACAGGUGACUUGCAUGGUGCCUAUGAUUCAAGACAGUUCAACCACAGUAAGUAUGGAAGUGCAGACAACCUCUAUGCUCUGGAUAUAUGUUAACAGCACAGAACAACUGAACACUUCAUAUGAGUACAACACUACGGAUUUGAUUGAAAACUCAGACAAAUACCAAUCUUACGUUAUUGGUCUCUUCCUGUCCUGCCUGUACACCAUCCUCCUCUUUCCAAUUGGAUUUAUUGGUAACAUCUUAAUCCUGGUGGUGAACUUGAACCAUAGAGAGAAGAUGACCAUCCCCGACCUUUACUUUGUGAACCUGGCUGUGGCUGACCUCAUCCUGGUGGCAGAUUCCCUCAUUGAGGUCUUCAAUCUGAACGAGAAGUAUUACGACUAUGCUGUCCUUUGCACCUUCAUGUCCCUUUUCCUGCAGGUCAACAUGUACAGCAGCAUCUUCUUUCUCACAUGGAUGAGCUUUGACCGGUACAUUGCCUUGGCAAGCUCAAUGAGCAGCAGCCCACUGAGGACUAUGCAGCAUGCCAAGCUCAGCUGUGGCCUCAUCUGGAUGGCUUCCAUCCUGGCCACCCUUCUUCCCUUCACCAUUGUGCAGACCCAGCACAGGGGUGAGGUGCACUUCUGCUUUGCCAACGUCUUUGAAAUUCAGUGGCUGGAGGUAACCAUUGGCUUUUUGGUGCCCUUCUCCAUCAUUGGUCUAUGCUACUCUCUGAUUGGGCGCAUCCUCAUGAGGGCCCAGAAGCACCGAGGAUUGUGGCCACGGCGGCAGAAAGCCCUGCGUAUGAUCGUGGUGGUGGUUCUGGUGUUCUUCAUCUGCUGGCUGCCAGAGAACGUCUUCAUCAGCAUCCAGCUGCUGCAGGGCACAGCUGACCCAUCCCGGAGGACUGCUACCACCCUGUGGCACGACUACCCGCUCACAGGCCACAUUGUUAACCUGGCAGCGUUCUCCAACAGCUGCCUCAACCCCAUUAUCUACAGCUUUCUAGGAGAAACCUUCAGGGACAAGUUGCGUCUCUUCAUUAAGCAGAAGGCCAGCUGGUCAGUAGUCAACCGCUUCUGCCACCACCGCCUUGAUUUACACCUCCAUGUCAGGAGCGAAGUGUCAGAGGUGUAACUGCUAAGAAGAGGGACAACUGUUGAGAACCAGUCCACAAAUUAUACUAUUCUUAAUAUCAAAGUGAUAUAUCACCCAGUGUGAAAUAUUACCUCAGCUUUCUUCAGCUGUUUAGCUUUGCAUCAUAGUUGUGCCAGUGUCUCCAUUAACCUGCUCACUUUCUGAACAAAAAUACUAAAGCACCAAGAAUGUACACAGGUUGGAAAUAACUUAAUGUGUGUAUCUUUGUAGUAGAUGACAAAUUCACAUACAGUACUCAAAAGCUAUUUUCACCCAAUGUUAAUCCCAACGUUGGAUUGUUUUCCUUAUGUGUAUUUGGUGUUAUUUCUUCACAAAGUUAGUUGGGUGGCAAAGCAAGUGAGACGUCAGCAUAUAACCUUGAGGUACAGCCAAUGGGCAAAGGUAACGUAUAAAUAGAUGAGUCUCAGAAGAGCUUCUGUGAAACAUUUUUUAUUGUGUGACCCAUAAAACAAAUCUUCAAGAAUAUGUUCAGGCUUUGUAAGAACAUGCAACAAUAGCAAAAGGGCUGAAUCACAGAGUAAAUAAUGUGUCAAAUUGAAUCAGGCUAUCUGUUUUGAGCUGGAGGAGAAGGAUCAUUUCAGUUAAAACCUACAGUACAUGUACAUAUCAAGCAGUAAAGCAAUGUCAAAAAAUGUAAUAACAGAUAAGGACAUCACAAUUGGGCAACAAAAUAGAGGACACCACAAGGAGCAUUGACUUGCUUUUCACUGUCCCCGUCUAAAAUAUUACUGUACCCCUUGUUUUGUGCUUAUCAGCUAACCCUUUUUUUUCUUCUUUCGUAUGUACAGCUUAAUAUUCAUUGGACAAUGCAAACAAAUGUUCACAAAUUUUGUUUUAUUUUUAGAAAUAAAUAAAUUGUUACACUUUUCCAGGAAUAUGAAGAAGAAGUUUCUGAUUCUAAUCAACAAAUGUGUUUCUUAGACUUCAAAGACCAAACAGCCUUUAAAAUAACCAGUCUUGUUCAUGUCUUCACGUAUUCCAUGGAAUAAAUAAAGGGUUAUUUAGCCUUAUGCUGAAUGUAUUUAUCACAGUCAACCUAUGAGGUGGGUCAAACGCAUAUAAGAUACUUUUUUUAUGGGGGUUGAUUCCCCAAAAAUGAUGGCAGAGUAUUUAUAUGGCAGCAAAUGUAGGAUUCAGUGAGUGCUCAGUUCAAAUAUGGCUGCAAUUCACCCGAGCUAUUACCCUACUUGUCAGUUCCUGUUAGCAUGACGUUAGAGCAAAGAGGCAGGUGUUGUUUUGCCAGGAGAGGAAGAGACUGGGUAAACACAUCAUUCAGUGUCGAAAACAAGAAGCAUCUUCAGUCUUUUGUUCGCUCCUGUCUUUAACAUACAUUACGUUGAUGAAUGACAAUGACCAACACUUGAGAAAAGUAAUGGGCUCUUGUAACAAAUUUUCUGUCAAAACAUACUUCAUCUGCAAAUUUGUGGCUGGUUUUACAUCCUUUGCUAUAAUUGUGA